UGCUUUAGAACAGCUGAUCACUUAAUGAUACAUCGGGCUCCAUCGCUGACUUUUAUUUUUUAUUUUAAAUCUUGAUACUUUCUAAAUCACUUUUCUUUAAAAGAAAAUACAUAAAUGUGGAUUUAACUCAAGAGUCGUCUGUUUACCUGCACCGAGUUUCCCCUUGUCUUGUUUAUGGCCUUGGAUUACUGGCAACAACGUCAAUGUCAAUCUCUCGACGGUAGGCGGGACCUCUAACGCAGCAGCCAAUCAGCGGGCUCCUCUUGAGACGCGCUUUAAAAGCAGAGGAGCGCCUCGGCCGCUGCCAGUAAUAAGGAAACUGAGGACAAGUUAGGACUUACAGAGAGAAGAAGAGGAAUGAAAACAUCUGAAUAAAUCUCUGGACUCCGCUUUGAAUUCAUCUAAAGGUACAAACCGACGACUUGGUACAGUACAGUUCCCAUGUUUUGGAAGUUUUGCUGUUUUUCGUAGCAUUAAUAAAUACAGCGGGACUUUGCGCUGGAGAUUGGCACAUUUGGGACACAGCAGCAUCGUUUGCAGCGCACUCUUGUAUUUGACUGUCGUUUUUUUUUUUUUUUUUUUUUAAAGAAAAAAACACACAAUAUGUCCACAAUAAUGGAACAGCCUUUUUAUGACGACUCGUUUCUCUCUGCUUAUGGCCAUCCAGGCGCUGCCCUGCCAGACUACAAGCUGCUAAAGCAGAAUAUGAACUUGAACUUCUCCGAUUCAUAUCGGAACCCGAGCUUCAAGACACAGCACCUGCGCGCAGACAGUGAUUUCUACCCGGCGGGCACCGCGGACGUGGGCUCGCUGAAGCUCGCUUCGCCUGAACUCGAGCGGCUCAUCAUCCAGAGCAGCAACGGGGUCAUCACUACGCCGACCCCCGCACAGUACCUCUACAACCGCGGCAUCACAGAGGACCAGGAGGUGUUCGCAGAAGGCUUCGUCAAAGCCCUGGACGAUCUGCACAAGAUGAACCAGAUGGCGCCUCCAAACGUCUCCAUCGGCACCGGUGGGCUCUCGUGUCCGGCUCCGGGCGCCGUGUUCGCCCACUCUAUGCAGACGGAACCGCUGGAGUACACGACCCUGAGCAGCUGCACCACGAACCCCAGCCUGGCCUCCACGGCCAGCUACCCGUCCACAACCAUCAGCUACCUGCCGCACCACCAGUACCACCAGCAUCCCCAGGCUGUGGCGCACGGGUCGCACCACUUCCAGCACUCUCUGGCCGGAGCCGGCGUCCACUCGCAGCGCUUCGGGGGCUUGAAGGAGGAGCCCCAAACGGUCCCCGACAUGCAGAGCAGCGACAACAGCUCCCCGCCGAUGUCCCCAAUCGACCUGGAGAACCAGGAGAGGAUCAAGGCGGAGCGCAAGCGGCUGAGGAACCGGCUGGCAGCUUCCAAGUGUCGGAGGCGCAAACUGGAGCGCAUCGCCCGGUUGGAGGACAAGGUGAAGGUGUUGAAAACGGACAACGCCGGACUGUCGAACACGGCCUCUCUGCUGCGGGAACAGGUGGCCCAGCUCAAACAGAAAGUCAUGACUCAUGUGAGCAGUGGCUGCCAGCUCAUGCUAGCGCCGAAAGUGAAGUCUUACUGAAGAAAUUAUGCACUUUUUAAUGAACACUGGACACAAAAACUGCACUGAAAAACAUAAGACUUUAUACGCUGAGUGGAUGAGAACUGAAACGUAUGUGGCUUUAAAAAGGCCAGACAAGAAAUCCUACAAUCAGCCUACAAGAAACACUUAGGGGCAUUUUUGAACGCGUU